CACGCACCUCACGGCCGUCAUCUCUUCUGUAAUGAUGGCGGACGACCUCCCCUUGGAGCAACUGUUGUUGGCCCUCAGCCAGACGUUGGCGCGGUCCUCCAUUUCGCAUAUUCUUCUGGAGCUCCCUUCGCAGAGUGACUUUAGUCAGAUAGAGGCGCUGACUGAGCUUCACCGAGAGUUAGAGAGAGGGAUGCAGCUCUUGGCGGGCAGCAUUCCUUCGCUACGUCACAUCGUCUUCGACAUCGAAGGCAAGGGGCUAAAGGCAUGGGAGGUAGCCGACAUUGAGAUCGCAAAAUGGAGGCCGAUCACCGAAUGCGACGCUCGCCAGAUUGUUUCGCUGGAGGGCAUGAUUUGGAGCGGUCGCGAUGACUGACGCGGGUUGAGGUUCGGCAACAAGGGAUUUGUAGCUAGGACUCACCACGCGUUGACCCGGUCUUCCGUCACUCAUGUCCUUCUGAAGCAUCCUUCUCUGUGUGACUCACGU